GCUGGCCGCGGCAGCCGCGCCGCAGUUCCACCCGCAGCAGCCGUCUCGAGCGCUCGCCGGAGCCGGAUCGCGCGGAGCCCGGGCGCGCUGUGCAGGAGUCACCCCAGGGGUUGCACCGGGCGGGGGUCGGGCUAGACCGAGCCGCGGGGCCCAGGAGCUGCAAGCUGCAGGCGGUGGCGGCCAUGGCGGGGCUCCCCUGAAGGAAGCGGCGAGGGAGGAGGAGGAGGAGGAGAGGAGAGGAGAAAUCUCUGCAUUCCCUCCACCCCAUCCCUGCGCGCGGACUCCCCGUCCGCCUCCCUCCUGUAUGCACCGCUGAGACCGCGCGAGGACUCUGGCAUCCACCGCAAGCCCCCCACGUUCCCCCCUUUUCUGUUGCAAACAAAGAGAAGAGAGAGGAGGGGAGAGAAAAUCUCCUUGGCUCGAGUAUGGCGGACCGCAGCCUUGAGAGCAUGUCCCUGCCUCUGGAGGUGAGAGCCAGGCUGGCUGAGCUGGAGCUGGAAUUAUCGGAAGGUGACAUCACACAGAAGGGAUAUGAAAAGAAGAGAUCAAAAUUAAUUGGGGCAUACCUGCCACAACCUCCGGCAGCGAAUGGAGCUGCCGCGGUACGGUGUAGACUGCAGCACAGUGAAGGAGCCGCAAGAAGAAUGCUCCGCACUGCCAACUUUGGGGUCUGUGACAUCCGGGAAGCAGCAGCUAGAGAGCGAGCGGCCAGCACAGCAGGAAACCGGCCCCUCUUUUACUUUCGUUUUGGGGUGGAUCAGGCAUUGCCACAAGAACGUCGAACUCCUGUUACCCCUUCCUCUUCCUCUCGAUAUCACCGUCGCAGGUCCUCAGGGUCACGGGAUGAGCGCUAUAGGUCAGAUGUCCAUACAGAAGCAGUUCAGGCAGCUCUUGCUAAACAUAAAGAAAGGAAGAUGGCAGUCCCCAUGCCAUCAAAACGACGUUCAUUGGUGGUGCAAACGUCAAUGGAUGCCUACACGCCUCCAGAUACCUCCUCUGGUUCAGAAGAUGAAGGCUCUGUACAGGGCGACUCCCAGGGAACUCCCACCUCAAGCCAGGGAAGUAUAAACAUGGAACACUGGAUCAGUCAAGCGAUCCAUGGUUCUACCACAUCUACCACUUCUUCCUCCUCGACACAAAGUGGAGGCAGUGGCGCUGCGCACAGGCUAGCUGAUGUUAUGGCUCAAACACAUAUAGAAAAUCAUUCUGCCCCUCCAGAUGUUACUACUUACACCUCAGAACACUCAAUACAAGUAGAAAGACCACAAGGAUCAACAGCAAGGGUGGCACCAAAAUAUGGCAAUGCUGAACUUAUGGAAACUGGUGAUGGAGUACCAGUGAGCAGCAGAGUGUCAGCAAAGAUUCAACAGCUGGUCAAUACCCUAAAACGACCCAAACGACCACCAUUACGAGAGUUCUUUGUAGAUGACUUUGAGGAAUUGUUAGAAGUUCAACAGCCAGAUCCAAACCAGCCAAAGCCAGAGGGAGCUCAGAUGUUGGCUAUGCGUGGGGAACAACUGGGUGUGGUUACAAAUUGGCCACCUUCUCUGGAAGCAGCAUUGCAGCGAUGGGGGACCAUUUCACCAAAAGCUCCUUGCCUAACCACUAUGGACACUAAUGGAAAACCAUUGUACAUUCUCACUUAUGGCAAACUUUGGACCAGAAGUAUGAAGGUUGCUUACAAUAUACUGCAUAAAUUAGGCACAAAACAAGAACCAAUGGUGCGACCUGGAGACAGGGUAGCACUCGUAUUUCCUAACAAUGAUCCUGCUGCUUUUAUGGUAGCAUUUUAUGGCUGCCUACUGGCGGAAGUUGUCCCUGUCCCUAUUGAAGUGCCACUUACCAGAAAGGAUGCAGGAAGCCAACAAAUCGGUUUCUUACUUGGAAGCUGUGGUGUUACUGUGGCCUUGACUAGUGAUGCAUGCCAUAAAGGACUGCCUAAAAGCCCUACAGGGGAGAUACCACAGUUUAAAGGGUGGCCAAAGCUGCUAUGGUUUGUCACCGAAUCUAAACAUCUUUCUAAACCUCCUCGUGACUGGUUCCCACAUAUCAAGGAUGCAAACAAUGACACAGCUUACAUAGAGUACAAAACGUGUAAAGAUGGAAGUGUGCUUGGGGUGACUGUGACAAGAAUUGCACUGCUGACCCACUGUCAAGCUCUUACACAAGCAUGUGGAUAUACAGAAGCUGAAACAAUUGUGAAUGUACUAGAUUUCAAGAAGGAUGUUGGCUUAUGGCAUGGGAUUCUUACAAGCGUCAUGAACAUGAUGCACGUUAUAAGUAUCCCAUAUUCCUUAAUGAAAGUGAAUCCACUCUCAUGGAUACAGAAAGUCUGCCAGUACAAAGCAAAAGUCGCUUGUGUAAAAUCCAGGGACAUGCACUGGGCAUUAGUGGCACAUCGAGAUCAAAGAGAUAUCAACCUUUCCUCAUUGCGAAUGCUAAUAGUGGCCGAUGGCGCAAAUCCUUGGUCUAUUUCUUCCUGUGAUGCAUUUCUCAAUGUCUUCCAAAGUAAAGGCCUAAGACAGGAGGUCAUUUGUCCUUGUGCCAGUUCACCAGAAGCUCUCACUGUGGCUAUUCGAAGGCCAACAGAUGACAGCAAUCAGCCUCCAGGCAGGGGAGUUUUGUCCAUGCAUGGUCUCACCUACGGAGUAAUUAGAGUGGAUUCUGAAGAAAAGCUUUCUGUCCUGACUGUGCAAGAUGUGGGCUUGGUGAUGCCAGGAGCUAUAAUGUGUGCAGUGAGACCAGAUGGAAUUCCUCAGCUCUGUAGAACAGACGAAAUAGGCGAACUUUGUGUAUGUGCUAUUGCAACAGGUACAUCAUAUUAUGGACUCUCAGGCAUGACCAAGAACACUUUUGAGGUGUUUCCUAUGACCAGUUCAGGCGCUCCUAUAAGUGAAUACCCUUUUAUAAGGACAGGAUUACUAGGAUUUAUUGGACCAGGAGGGCUUGUCUUCGUUGUGGGCAAAAUGGAUGGUCUAAUGGUGGUCAGUGGAAGAAGACAUAAUGCUGAUGACAUUGUAGCAACAGCCCUGGCUGUAGAACCAAUGAAGUUUGUCUACAGAGGAAGAAUAGCAGUGUUUUCAGUGAGUGUCCUUCAUGAUGAAAGGAUAGUUAUUGUUGCUGAGCAAAGGCCGGAUUCCACAGAGGAAGACAGCUUUCAGUGGAUGAGCAGAGUUCUCCAGGCUAUUGACAGUAUCCAUCAAGUGGGUGUUUACUGCUUAGCACUGGUACCAGCAAACACGCUCCCUAAGACCCCUUUAGGCGGCAUACACUUAUCAGAAACCAAACAACUUUUUUUGGAAGGCUCGUUGCAUCCCUGUAACGUAUUGAUGUGCCCACAUACCUGUGUAACAAACCUGCCUAAACCACGACAAAAACAGCCAGAAAUUGGCCCUGCCUCUGUGAUGGUGGGGAACCUGGUCUCUGGAAAAAGAAUUGCUCAGGCUAGUGGCAGAGAUCUGGGACAGAUAGAAGACAACGAUCAAGCCAGAAAGUUCCUAUUCCUCUCAGAAGUUUUACAGUGGAGAGCUCAAACCACUCCUGACCAUGUGCUUUACACGCUACUUAACUGUAGGGGAACAAUAGCCAAUUCCCUAACCUGUGCCCAGCUACAUAAACGAGCAGAGAAGAUAGCAGUCAUGCUGAUGGAAAGGGGACACUUACAAGAUGGAGACCAUGUGGCUUUGGUCUACCCACCAGGAAUAGACCUGAUUGCAGCAUUUUAUGGUUGCCUGUAUGCGGGCUGUGUGCCAAUAACCGUUCGACCUCCACAUCCACAGAACAUCGCAACAACAUUACCUACAGUGAAAAUGAUUGUGGAGGUGAGUCGCUCUGCCUGUUUAAUGACUACACAAUUAAUAUGUAAAUUGUUACGGUCACGAGAGGCGGCAGCAGCAGUGGAUGUCAGAACGUGGCCUCCUGUACUAGAUACAGAUGACUUGCCAAAGAAGCGGCCUGCUCAAAUCUACAAACCUUCUAACCCUGACACACUGGCUUAUCUUGAUUUUAGUGUGUCCACAACUGGAAUGCUAGCUGGGGUAAAGAUGUCCCAUGCAGCCACUAGUGCCUUUUGUCGUUCUAUUAAGCUGCAGUGUGAGCUUUACCCCUCUAGAGAAGUAGCUAUCUGUUUGGACCCUUACUGUGGACUUGGGUUUGUCCUCUGGUGCCUCUGCAGCGUUUAUUCAGGACACCAGUCUAUUCUGAUUCCUCCCUCAGAAUUGGAGACCAAUCCUGCUCUAUGGCUUCUAGCUGUGAGUCAGUACAAAGUGAGAGACACUUUUUGUUCCUAUUCAGUCAUGGAGCUUUGUACCAAGGGACUCGGUUCACAAACAGAAUCACUGAAGGGAAGGGGACUGGACCUCUCACGUGUACGGACAUGUGUCGUCGUGGCAGAAGAACGGCCCCGAAUAGCUCUCACUCAGUCAUUUUCAAAAUUAUUUAAAGACCUGGGUCUCCAUCCACGGGCUGUUAGCACAUCGUUUGGCUGUAGAGUUAACCUGGCUAUAUGUUUGCAGCCUCACAGGCUGGGGAAGCUGGCCGAGCAGAACAUCAUCACAGUUUUCAGUGCUGAACAAAUUGUGGAACUACCAGGAACAUCCGGACCAGAUCCGACCACUGUGUAUGUUGAUAUGAGGGCACUGAGACAUGACAGAGUUCGUUUAGUAGAGAGAGGAUCGCCUCAUAGUUUGCCCCUAAUGGAAUCAGGAAAAAUCCUCCCUGGAGUUCGCAUCAUUAUUGCUAAUCCUGAAACAAAGGGACCCUUAGGGGAUUCUCAUCUUGGUGAGAUAUGGGUUCACAGUGCUCAUAAUGCCAGUGGGUAUUUUACCAUAUAUGGAGAUGAAUCCCUGCAAUCAGAUCACUUUAAUUCAAGACUCAGCUUUGGAGACACACAGACUAUUUGGGCUCGGACUGGCUAUUUGGGGUUCUUGAGGAGAACAGAACUUACUGAUGCAAAUGGAGAGCGACAUGAUGCACUUUAUGUUGUGGGUGCACUAGAUGAAGCCAUGGAGUUACGAGGGAUGAGAUAUCAUCCAAUUGAUAUUGAGACAUCAGUAAUUAGAGCACACAAGAGCAUCACAGAAUGUGCGGUGUUUACCUGGACAAAUCUGUUGGUCGUUGUAGUUGAGCUGGAUGGAUCAGAGCAAGAAGCCUUGGACCUGGUUCCUUUAGUCACCAAUGUAGUCCUGGAAGAACACUAUCUGAUUGUAGGAGUGGUGGUGGUGGUGGACAUUGGUGUAAUUCCUAUCAACUCCCGUGGAGAGAAACAACGUAUGCACCUACGAGAUGGAUUUUUGGCAGACCAGCUAGAUCCCAUCUAUGUGGCCUACAACAUGUAGUCUUGUAUCUUAAGGCUUCCAUGGACUUUACUAUAGAUGUAUAAAAAUUUUUGGUGUCCACUAAAAAUGUGCAGAUAAGAGGGUGAUACUCAUCAGAAUGAAACUGUAUCUAUUAUGACUUUUCAAAGCAGUCACGGUUUGCAGGAAAUAAAAUGUGAAAUGUGUUUUCUUUUACCACUAAAUUUUAACACAGAAGGACUAAGGAGUACUGCCCUUCAGUUUGUCGGAAAAGCCCAUUUUAGGUUUUUUUUACUUAUUGGAUGAAACUGCUUUCUGAGUAAACGUGGCUUUGUAUUUUAUGUUGAGUAAAGCUGAAGUAGCUAAUUUUUUUAUUCUGCCCUCCAAGUGGAUUCUUUUUAACAAUUUCUAUACGAUGACAAAGAAUUAUGUUCAGUUGUUUUUGAUGCGUCAUAAAAAAUUUUAACAAAUACAGAUCCAUUACUAAUUUAAGCCAUUUUAGAUCCCACCAUUUUAGGAAACUAUGUAGAGGUACGAGGAAAAUGCCCAAAAUAGCACCUUCCAAUUAGAGUUCUAGCAGCUUUCUCUGUCAGAGAUGUCGAAAGCACAAAGGCCAAAGAGCCUUUGAUACUAGUGUUAGAGUGGAAGAAAUUUAUAAAUAAGGUGUAUUUCGGCAAUGAACUUGCAAAUAUCUUUGUACUAAACUAAAAAGAUAAAAUAAGUUAACUACUUCUUCUGUAAUUAUGUACAAAAUGUUUAAUUUAUUUUGAUCUCUUUAGAAGUAUAAAAGAAAAAACAUUCAAGAAUAUUAAUCUCUUGUAAUGUUUGCUAAUAUAAAAACAAAGUGUUGUAUUAUCUUGAGUGGAUAGUAUCACAUCAAAUAUAUAUAUAUGAAAUAUAAAUUCACUAAUGACAAAAAAGAUUUUAAAGUUUAAAAUGCAGUACUUGUCACUUGCAUGGUAUCUCCCACUGUAGAUAACCAAAUGUUACUCACAAUUUUUUUGAGAAAAAGCAAUCCUGGAUUGCUAAGUAUCCCUGUCUAAAAAAUAUCCUCUAGAUACCAGCAAGUGGAAUUGUUGCUGCCUUUAAGGCGGUGAAUGAAUUUAAAACUAAAAAUGCACUAUAAGAUUUUUUGUUUCUUUGCCAUGGAGUCAACAAUAAAUAUUUGUGCUGGCAUGUGCAUACACUUGUUAGACUUUAGAAAAGGCAGGUUGAAGAAUAGCACUGUUUUGUAGCUGCAUAACUUUGUUGCACAAUUUUUUUCAUCAUUUUAGUUGGUGUUUUUGUUGUGAUAAGGAAAGGUUUUUGGUGGUUAUUUGCAUAGAGUUAUCAAUUUGCCUCUCAGCUGGUCCACGUAGCUUGGUGGCUAAUACAUCCAGUUUACACUUAUAGAAAACUAUUGUUUUAAUGGUCUUUAAUUUAUUCUUCAACAGAGAAUAACAUAUAGUCAUUACGAUUGAUUUAGCACAAAUUGUGCAACUGCUAACGAGUCCCUAGACCAAGUGAACUAACAGAGGAACUGAACUGCCUGUUUUAAGGAACUGAGUCCCAAGGUCUCAGAACUGAGGCCAUCAAUAGGGAACAGUAGGAAAACAUUUAUCACAGCUGCCUUUAUUUUACCGCCUUUGGGUAAACUAGAUCUUCAAUUUCCCGUUCCAGUGUCUUUAUUUCCUUUAACUUUCAUAGUCCCUUCAUUCCUUUGUAACCGAGUUGACCUGUGUGUGAUCAAGAGUGGGGUUUACCAGCAGCAGUCCAAGAAUGCUUUUCUUAAUGUCCAAAAUAUGUUCAAGUGCUGACUCUCAUUACCAGAUAUGCAUGACUAAAGUUGUUGCAGGGCAAACGUAAUCAUUUUUAUAACACGUAUAAGGGACGUAUUUUGUCUGCCUUUGGAAAAUAUCUAUGGCAAUGGACCCCUGCUAAUGAUAGUUUUGUUUGGCUUCUAAGACACAGUGUUGGUUGUUUAAAAUCUCUUUAAAAGAUAGGGACAUUUUAGUCUGCAUGUACAGUACAGAGCAUCUUACUAUGUAAGACUUGUUUUAUUUCAACCACUCUCAGAUUUCACUGUCCUGUGAAUAUUUCUACUCAUGCUCUGAAGAGCAAUCCUUAUAUUCUCUCACUCUUUUUCUGCUCCCAGAAAGAAUAAAAUCCAUUCUUAAUGGCAAGUUAUUGUAAGGCUUUGAAAAGAUGUUGAUUGAUUACAACCAUAAUUGCAGCGUGUGAACUAACUCGUGAAGUCCUGCUAUUGCUGAUCUCAGUACUGCAAAACAAAUUUAGCUGUCAUUUACAACAUCACUUUAACCUUCACCAAGUCAACAUCACAUUCAUAGGAAAAACAACUGCAAAUGCAGUUGUGAAACACAGUUAAUAACAGAUCUCUUCUGCGCCCUGUCAUCCGUGGUUGUUAAAUUCUGAGUUAAAAGAAGUGAUAAACUGAAUUUCUAGUUUGGUUAUGCAAGCAAAAGGAAGGAAACACUUAAGUACCAUCAGACUGAGCAAUAAAGAAGGAUCGUUCUGUAUUAGAAAUUGUACUGUAGAUAAACCAUUCAUGAGAAUGUAUAAAAUGUUUGUCUUGUGACCUUGUGCUUUUGAAGUCAGACAAAACCAUGUAAUCAAUUUGAUGCACAUGCACAAAAAAGAGGGUACACAAUGAACAUUUAAACACAAAACUAAUCAAACAGGAGCAGAUUCCUCAUGGUGCUUGUUUAUUAUAUAUAUUUAAUCCUGCUUGACACUUUACCCAAGGGAAGACUGUCCCUUUUAUCAGUUGAAUGUUAGCAGCGUUAUUUCAUAGAGUGUGGUGACUGGUUAGAGAAAUUCAUGUAACUCAGCCAAUCACAGUUUAACAAAAGUUUUUAUGUGCAAAGGACAGCAACCUUCUUGUAUGUUAAACCACCAGUACGCUUUGUACAUCUGUGAUAACGCCUGUUUUAUAUUCAAAUGAACAAAUAAAAGCUUUUAUUUUUGUUGCUCUGAAAAUAGCAGUUUCUUAAUUAGUCAUCUAAAAAUGAGGUUUCCGAAUCCACAUGGGUUCUAUGGAAGAAUACUGAUAGCUAUAUUGUAAUUUUAUUUUGUUUACCUCUCUUGUUGCAUAAUUUAUUAGUAAGAUCAUUAUACUUUUAACAAUGUUUAAAUACUGGUGUGAGCAUUUAUUGCUAAAAGACUUUCAUAUGGCAACAAAUGUUUUAUGUGAAAUGUUUUUUUUAAUUCUUUUUAAUAUAUUUAAAUAUACUGUUCACAUUUUUGCUGAAAGUGUAAAGAUUAUUGUAAGCUUGGUAACAUUUUGUGAGAAGCAAUAACAAGCAUUAGUACUGUAAAACUC